AUGAAAGGCAGAAAUUGUGAGGAGAAGAAAAAUCCUUUAGAUUCUUACGUGAAUAGAAUAAGACUUGCAGACAUUACAGGAAAUGCUAUUAUGGAUAAAAGAGUUGAAUAUUUAUGGAAUUUAGCCAUAUUAAGUGUAUAUGAAAAUGCAAAAUUAUCAAUGAAAUAUAUUGCUUUAAUCAAAAGAAUUACAAAUAAUAAUUUAACUUUUGAUAACAUAUGUUGUCAUUAUUGUAAUUUAAUAUACAUCCCGUUUUACAAUUGCCAAAUAACGCAUCUUGAUGAUAAAAAUGUUAUCGUGUACAAAUGUUUACUAUGCAAUCAUAAGAAACGAUUUAAUAUAAGAAAUUGUGGGAAUCAAAUAAAAAAUAGUUUCAACAGGACUAAUAAAACAGGGAAUGCCUUAAGAAACCCUAACAAAUUGGGUAUUUUUCUUAUUAACGAAAUUGAUGAACAUGAAAUAAAAAAGGAAAAAAAUAUUAGCAAUAAGGAAGAUUCAAUUAUCGAUACUCCAAGUUUCACGCACUCAGGUGUUGAAGAAAUCAUAACGGAGAAAAACUCUCCAAUCGAUGGAGAAGAGAGUGGCAUUAACAGGAAAGAAGAUUUCCCAAUAUGUAGUCCACAUGGGGAAGAUAGCAUAAAAGAGUAUGCUCCUUCAAUGAGCAUCGAAUCCACUAAUGAACAGUUCAACCAAGAAAUUGUCUUUGAAAAAUUGAAAGACCUUUUCACAAUUGACUAUGGUACAAACAGUACUACGUUUUUGAAAAAUAUUUCACCCUUCUCGAUAGUGAGACAAAACAGUGGCUUAAAAAAUGAUAGGAAUUCCCAAAACUUGAACACUUUAGACAAAAAUAGAAACUUUGAAAAAAAAAGAAAGCAUAAUGGAAACAAUAAUGCCAAUGGGAAAUUAAAAUCUAUAACAAAGAUAACAAAAAUAGAUGGCCUAAGUGAUUCCCUAGAAAGGAGUAAUACAGUCAACAUGUUUUAUAAAACGAGUAAUGAGAAUAGUGCAAAUAGAUUAAGUGCUCAUAAAAAAGGUCAAAAUGUACCCAACUUAGGAAACAGUGAUAAUAAUUAUUUAAAUUUUAACAAAUUAAAAAAAAAGAAAAGGAAUAUAUUGGAUAUACUUUAA